AAAAGUGCCCACCUCUGGAGUUGAAGCACCUUCUGAUGCUAACCUCGCUGAAGAUACUGAUUGUAAAAAGUUCAGUUGGUCUAGUUCGACCACUAGGAGGGGGUCAGAGUGAUGUGGAAUGGCAGCUCCCUGUUGAGAAAAUCUUGAUCGACAACUUAAAUGGUAAUACUUAUUGGCCUUGGAAGUUUUGAAAAAUGGGUUUACACAGGUGGUGAACAAGAGUCUUCCAUGGGUGGAGAGUUGUUGCCACCAGAUUCUCAUAUGUUCCCCUUUUUGCAAGUUCUGAUUAUUAGAGAGUGCCCGAGACUGUUGGGGUUGCCUUUCCCAAACCACAUUGUUUCCCUAGAUUGGUUCCCCAAGCUACAAGAGCUUGAGGUAACCAACUGUCGAGUAUUCUCGUCAGUGAUUCUCAUCUCCUGGAUUGAAAGUAUGUGUCGUGUCAUGAUGCAAAAUGUAAAGCUACUAGCGCAUUUUUGGUACUCAAAAUCAUCCAGUGGAGCAGAAUUGGCGAUUAUUGGAAAGGCUGAUUUGCAUAGCAUAGACCAAGUGUUAGUUUUUGAUAAAGAAACAGGUCUAGAGACACUGAGACUGGACAAGUGCCCACCUCUGGAGUCGAAGCACCUUCUGAUGCUAACCUCGCUGAAGAAACUGAUUGUAGUUGAUUCAGAUUGUCUGGUUGGGCCACUAGGAGGAGGUCAGGGUGAUGUGGAAUGGCAGCUCCCUGUUGAGGAUAUCUGGAUCGAAGGCUUGAAUGGUAAUACUGGCGACGAACUGACAGAGCUCCUCCCCCACCUCCCAAGGCUCUCUGAAUUGGAAAUAUGGAAAUGCCAAAACAUAAAAAAGCUGGUAGUGGGGGUGGAUGUGCAACAAAAAACAUUAGAAGCAUCAGAGAUGGUGGGAGGUGAAAUAACAACAGCAGCAGAGGAAGAGGAUGAUGGGGUGCUGCUCUUCCCACCUCAUCUCAGUGACUCACUACUGGAAUUGGAGUUCUAUUGGUGCGAAGAGCUGGUCCUGGUGAAUCUGCCAACUCUUGUUCCUGGUGGAGGAGGGCUCCAAGCCUUGCGAUCCCUCCAGAGAUUAAGAAUACAGAACUGCCCGAAGCUCCUAUCCACCUUCUCCUUCUCCCUGGAGCCCCUCUCAAACCUCUCCUCUCUCACCAGCUUAGAAUUGGAUAAUUGUGGAGAGGAUCUGAAAUGUCAGGGCUUGUGGUCUCUCCUUACCACCGGGGGCCAGCUCAAAGAAUUAACAGUCAGGGGUAGCCAUAGAUUCUUUGCUGGUUGGGAUCCCAAUCCCAGACAGGCUUUGGAGGUUGCUGAGGGAGGUGAAGAGCAGCAGACACAGCUUGUUUUAUCCACACUGCGUGAGCUCGGGACAGAUGACAUAGCAGGACUUCUUGCUGCACCCGUCUGCAGAUUCCUCUCUUCCUCCCUCACCAAGCUGGCACUUAAUGGGUAUUGGCUUGAAGGGAUGGAGCGGUUCAGCAAGGAGCAAGAGGACGCCCUUCAGCUCCUCUCCUCCAUCCAGGAGCUAAAGUUUUUGUAUUUCAAGGACCUUCAACAACUCCCUGCAGGGCUGCGUAACCUUACCAGCCUCAAGAGAUUAGGAAUCUACAACUGCAGCGAGGUGCUAAAACAGCAGUGCAGGGGGUUGGAGGGAACCAUCCCAGGAGUCGAAAUAAUCUGAUCCAAGAGUUCUUCCCUUGUACAUUCUUCUAGCCUUGUAGAGCUCCCAUUCAAACAGAUGCAUGACACAAGGGCCUUGUGUCUGUGGUCUUCCUUCCUCUACUUAAAUCUGGCGGAGCCAUUACACGCAAAUUAGCUGCAGGAACCAUCAUUAGGGGUGUCCACACCAAUAUCAGUUAUAUACACUUCAACUACUUUUUCUCCUGCCAUAUUAGAUGUGAGAGAGGAGAAGCAGAAAACAAGAUGGGGAUUAAGCACAUGGGGGUGGACCUGCAAUGCAUUAUUACGAAAUUUAAUGGUGUAUAGGAUCUUCAGAAGAAUAGCCGGCAUAGCAUAUCAGUGCACGUGUGGAGCCAGUUGAGAUCAUAGGCAGUAGUAGCAGUCUCAAGGUAAUAAUGCAUUGCAGGUCAUGUACAAUUUAAGUUAUUAUUGAAAACUUGCACUGCAAAGGUGUGACGACUCACUGGAGAAGGACCGCUAUACACCUGCUUGAUGACUCCAGCAUUUUAUGGGUGUGCUUAAAACGCUGCAGAGGUUCACUCAUGCGAGAGUUGGCUCCCCAAGGACGAUGAUGAAUUGACUUGCUAAGGAAGAAGCAGCAGAAACACAGCCCAGGCUAGACGAAGCGUAACCUGCAGAUGGGUAUAUCUGAAGCCUGUCAGCCUUGUUAUGCCGCUUAGAAUAAAAUUGCUGCAAUGAGUAGGUACAUAUCGUGUCUGCGAUGGAACAAGCAGACCACAUCUUCUGAAGAAAUCGACGCUUUUCAUGUUGUUAACUGAAGAAAUCGACAUCCAGCGGUUGGCGCCAAACCAGGAAAUUGUCGACCGCCCGAUCUUCAUCUAACAGCAACUUACCGCCUCGCCCCGAACACAUUGCCACCCUUGAUAGUUGCAAUUUGAAUUACCGUCUGCUGCUUCAUUGUUCACCUGCCUUACUUUAGUAGCGUUAUGAAGUUACCCUUUUCAGUGGUUGUAAUGGGUAUAAAGCCCCGGAUCUGAGAGCGCUCGGGCUCAUCUUCCUGAACUUGGAGUAAACCCUAAGUCGUUCGCUAUAUUUCUCUUGCAAUCAUCCUAUGAAUUCACCUA